AUGGCCAAGCUUUCAGAUUUACCUUCCGAGCUGCUCGAACAGAUCCUGUUAUGUCUGCCUCAGGCAGCAUAUUGUUCCCUUUCGCAGGUCUCAAAGUCGCUAAGCGACUUCGUCACACCUCACUUAUAUCGCGACAUCACUCUUCUGGUUCGAUCCAGUGAACACAUACCCCGAGUAGACACGCUCUGCUUCAACUUUUUGAAUGAGCCGAAAUUAGGAAAACACGUGCGAAGCCUUCGACUAGGAGUGGAGUCUCAAGUGCCGUCGCGCGACGUUCGAAGAUGCAUGCCUAUCGAAGACAAAUCCAAGCAUCGAUUGUCUGUCAAAAAGGCGAUGAGUUUCCUUGAAACUUGGCGACCUGUGCUCCAUGUACGAGUAGAUGACUUCCGCGAAGGACUGGAAACCAAUGACUAUGGAGUACAUGCUGCAUUGCUUUUCCUGCUAGUCCUCCCUACACUUCAACAUAUCAGCAUUGACGACAAAGGCGACGAGACCCUACGACCUCUCAAGUACGUUCUGGACAAUAUAAGAGCUGAAGGAGCAGCGGGAGACGGGCGGCUUUUGGGACAUCUCGAGUCAAUCAAGGCGGUGACAUACCACUUCGACGAUGAGACGGCUACAUCCUACCCUCGCACUGUCACGAAUGACAUGUGUCAAUCUUUGGUUUUACCAGCAAUCGAAUCACUGGAAUUAUCAGCAGUCAACCAGUCACAAUCGCGUGCGCGUCCCACCAUAAACCGUUCCCGGCUUUUCCACCCUUCCUCCACCCUGGCAUUCCUAACUUCACUUGUCAUACGAUCUACCACGGAUGUUGGCGAGAUUUUGCAUGGCAUUCUUGCGGAAACUCCACAGCUCCGCUUGCUCACUUGCGAGGCGUUCUGCGACACUAGCAGGUCUCCGUUAGAAGCACGAACUGUUGGGCCCCCAAUGCCAUGGAUAUCUCUCGAACAGUGGAAUGCAGAGCUAAGUGCUGUCAGACGUACUUUGGAGACACUGGUCAUCAGCGUGGAGUUGAGCAAUGGGGACAACACCUUUUUCGAUCAACCAGACCUCAAGCCACAUGUCUCUGGUCGCCUCGACUUGGGAUGGUUUGAUCGAUUGCAUACGCUUGAGGUCCCCGUACCCUUCCUGACUGACAACGCAUUCCUUUGGAUCGGAUCGGAUACGAAUUACCUGCCGUUUGCUCCUCCAAAUCUUCGUCAUCUGACGCUUCGGACAGACAUGACUGACGCGCAGCGCGUGUACCCUUGGGACACCUCCAUCAGAGAUAAAGGGCCAACCUUUCAGGAAUCAAAAGAAGAAGCUCGCAUGAGAGACCAAGCCCGCAUGGACUUGACGUGCAUCUUUCAGAUAGCUCUUUCUCUGAUCGACCAACUGCCCCAUCUUCAAUCUUUCGCCGUCUGGCAACCUCCGGACCCUUCGCUUGAUAUGUUCGAUAAUCAGCUAGAGGACCUGCGCACAUCAUGCAAGAACAAGUCGAUCACUGCGAAGAUCAUCUAUCCCAUGUUGCUCCGAUGGAAGAACCCCAUCCAUUGGAAUUUGGCCCGGGAGAGCACCCUCUUUGAUACUCGGUGUCCUGAUAGCGGAUUGUUCAUUCGGUUUUUUCGAGGUGACCGACAAGGCAUACCGCUUGGCCUGGCUUCGCAGUAUCACUUGGGUGAGUUCAAGAAGCAUCAUGUCCGCAGACACAGAUAG